CUGUAUUUCCAAAACGGAAAAAAAUAUCCGUACCCUCGCUAACCUUGCUUCACGCAACAGUCCAGAAAUCGGCGUUUAAUACAUAUCGAUAUCAAUAUACCAUGUGUUACUCAUCUUCUCUCUCUCUCAUCUCUCUCUCUCUCUCUCUCCUCUGCUCCGUCACACUGAUCCAUCCACUCCCAGCCCACUCUGAUGGCGACCACAUAACGAAUCAUCAUUAUACAAUUACCCCCCUUAGAUCCAAAAAAGAUCUCUGCCUUUGACUGUACUUCCGCAUACAUCUUACGUCCGUAUACCCAUCUCUACGUUCAACUCCUAUUGCCGAGAUCUCUCUUCGAUUAGGGCUUGAUUUCGACUGGAAUCGAUCGCACUAGGGUUCUGAUUUCGAAAGAGUUGAAUCAUGUGAUGCUUCGUGGCUCGGUUUGAGACGGAAUUGGGUUGAAUUCAGCAUAAAGGCGUUGCAAAGCGAAGAAGGAAAUGGCAACUCCAGUUGAGCCGCCAAAUGGAAUUAAGUCUCCAGGGAAGCAUUACUAUUCUAUGUGGCAAACUUUGUUUGAGAUUGAUACCAAAUAUGUGCCAAUCAAACCUAUUGGUCGAGGGGCCUACGGUAUUGUGUGCUCUUCUGUUAACAGGGAAACCAAUGAGAAGGUUGCAAUUAAGAAGAUACAUAAUGCAUUUGACAACCGCAUUGAUGCACUGAGAACUUUGCGAGAACUGAAGCUCCUCCGACAUCUUAGACAUGAAAACGUGAUUGCUUUGAAAGAUGUCAUGAUGCCCAUCCACAGGAGAAGUUUCAACGAUGUCUACAUGGUUUAUGAACUUAUGGAUACAGAUUUGCAUCAGAUUAUCAAGUCCUCUCAAGCACUUACAAAUGACCAUUGCCAGUAUUUCCUCUUCCAGUUGCUUCGAGGACUGAAGUAUCUCCACUCAGCAAACAUUCUUCAUCGCGACUUGAAGCCCGGGAACCUUCUCAUCAACGCAAACUGUGACCUCAAAAUAUGUGACUUUGGGCUUGCACGCACCAGCAGUGGCAAAGGCCAGUUCAUGACCGAGUAUGUUGUCACCCGCUGGUACCGGGCCCCAGAGCUUCUCCUCUGUUGCGACAACUAUGGGACCUCAAUCGACGUUUGGUCCGUCGGAUGCAUAUUUGCUGAGCUUCUUGGUCGCAAACCCAUAUUUCCGGGCACAGAAUGUCUCAACCAACUCAAGUUGAUAGUGAACAUCCUUGGAAGCCAGACAGAAGACGACCUCGAAUUCAUUGAUAACCCAAAAGCGAGAAGGUAUAUCAAAUCGCUACCUUAUUCUCAUGUGGCCCCCUUGUCUCGCCUUUACCCAAAUGCCCAUCCUUUGGCGAUUGAUCUGUUACAGAAGAUGCUUGUCUUUGAUCCAUCAAAGAGGAUUAGUGUUACUGAAGCACUCCAACACCCUUAUAUGUCUCCGCUAUACGAUCCAACCUGCGAUCCUCCGGCACAGGUUCCGAUCGAUCUUGAUAUAGAUGAGGAUUUAGGGGAAGAAAUGAUAAGGGAGAUGAUGUGGGAGGAAAUGUUGAACUACCAUCCUGUAGUUGCCACGGCCAGUAUGGAGGCAAACUAAAGACCUUCUCUUUCUCGGUUUUACGGAGAAGCUUUGAAGGUAUUGUUGUACUAGUACACUAAUAACUUAGCUCUUGAUGUAUUUUUUAUUCCGUUUCCCAUUUUCUUCAUGCCCUUUAGUUUUAAUAAUGUUGAUAAUGAUGCAUUAGCAGUUUGUGCUGUUCGAUGCAUAACACUUCCAUCUUCUUGUGGAGCUUGUUUAUCUCUCGAGCUCUUUAUGUCACGUUGCUUCUGUAGGUUGUAUAUAGUUGUGCCUUUGUAUUUGGGACCUCUUCGAUGUAAAUUAAAUUAAGAUGUACGAGCUGUGGUGAUACUAUUGUGGUAAUUUUGUAUUUUUGAAGCUCUCUUCUUCUUC